CCAGGCUGGUCUCGAACUCCUGGCUGCAGCAGUAUGUGGCUCACAUUGUUGCUGGGAGAAUGAAGCACUUUCCCUGCAACUCUAUUGGGAGAGGACAGCUAGAAGCUCAAAUCUGGUCUCUGCUAGAUUCUGCCCCAUGUGCCUGUUUCCUUUGCUGAUUUUAAUCUACAUUCUUUCACCAUGAGUAUAACAGCUUUGCUGAGUUCUGUCAAUUCCAGCAAAUGACCGAACCUGGGGCUGAUCAUGGUAGCUCCAGCCUAAAAUCCCAGCAAGUUGGGAGGCUGAGGCGGGAGGAUCACUUUCUUAUUGCACCCUUUCUUUGCAGCCCAGAUGGCUACCUGUAUGAGCGUGAGGCCAUCCUGGAGUACAUUCUGCAUCAGAAGAAGGAGAUCGCCCGGCAGAUGAAGGCCUAUGAGAAGCAGCGUGGCGCCAGGCGGGAGGAGCAGAAGGAGCUUCAGCGGGCGGCCUCUCAGGAUCACGUGCGGGGCUUCCUGGAGAAGGAAUCGGCCAUCGUGAGCCGGCCUCUCAAUCCUUUCACAGCCAAGGCCCUCUCGGCCACCAGCCCAGAUGAUGCCCAACCCGGGCCCAGCGUGGGUCCCCCAAGUAAGGACAAGGACAGAGUGCUGCCCAGCUUCUGGAUCCCGUCGCUGACACCCGAAGCCAAGGCCACCAAGCUGGAGAAGCCAUCCCGCACGGUGACCUGCCCCAUGUCGGGGAAGCCCCUGCGCAUGUCGGACCUGACGCCUGUGCACUUCACGCCGCUCGACAGUUCGGUGGACCGCGUGGGGCUCAUCACACGCAGCGAGCGCUACGUGUGCGCCGUGACCCGCGACAGCCUGAGCAACGCCACCCCCUGCGCUGUGCUGCGGCCCUCUGGGGCUGUGGUCACCCUUGAAUGCGUGGAGAAGCUAAUUCGGAAGGACAUGGUGGACCCUGUGAGUGGAGACAAACUCACCGACCGCGACAUCAUCGUGCUGCAGCGGGGCGGUACAGGAUUCGCGGGCUCCGGAGUGAAGCUGCAAGCAGAGAAAUCGCGGCCGGUGAUGCAGGCCUGAGUGCGCACGGGAGACCAAAUAAACAAGCUUGGGUGCGCAGAAA